AUGUCUGCUCCGUACCAAUUCACGCCACGGCUACCCGCACCUCCUCAUUCUACACCAAUUUCAGCUUCCGCCCACGUCAGUGCAAAACCAAAAAUUCCUCGUGCACCCAUCCAGAACCCGUACGAGAAACUCACGCAGACAGAAUUCGAAGCAUUCAUUGGUGACAUCACUGGCGCUCUGAGACGCGCUCUUGGCCAGGUGGAUCCGGACGAGAAAACAACCCAACACCUUCUAGAGGAACGCGCAGAACCCAUCACCAGCGACACCCUCCCAAAAUAUGGUCAAAUAGACCUCAACGACUACGAAGACGAACCUACCAACGAUUCCUUUGCAGAAAUCAAGGCGCGACGCGUAGGCAAGGGCAAAGCGCGCGACCCUCGAGAAGGCCCCGGGCUAGGGAAAGGGGAUCGUGUCCAGCCAAUUGAGAUCGUCUCUUCUGACGAAGAAGAGGAAGAAGAGGUCAAGCUCGCGAUUGGCGAUGAUUCCAACCUCUCAGAUGAGGAUGAUGAAGAGGAGGUCGUUUCAGAGGACACGGAGGAGGAGCACGGGGAAGAGGAGGAAGACGAAUAUCUCUGGGAAAGAGGACAGAGCUCCACUCAACCCCUGCCCUCACCAAGAAAGCGCUCGCGACCUGAAUACGAGGAGGACGAGGAAGGAGAAGAAGAAGAAGAAGAAGAGUAUGAGGAAUACUACGAUGAAGAAGCCGAGGGGGAAUAUGAAGAAGAGUACUCCCGUCCAGCUCAGCGCCACUCCAAACGUGCCGCUUCUCCGGAAAUCAUUGAUAUUCUUUCGGAUGAAGGGGAGGACAGUGGGCACCAGCAGUUCAGAGAGCAAUCCUUCGAGGAAGAAGGAGAAGGGGGUGAAUAUGCGGAAUUCUCGGAAGAGGAUGAGCAGGAAACUGGACAGCUUGACAGGGAUCGUCGUACCAAUAACCAUUAUCGCCGCUCUCGGGACGAGCAUAUUGACGAGGAGCAUGCAGAGGAGCGAGAGGAGGGCCAAGGCGUGUUAGAAGAUGACGAUGAAACUCAUGAGAUUCAACCUCAAGAAGAAGAUACGUCAUUCCCUCCUCGAAGCGUACUCGGUCAACCACGCCCAGUUGAAAUUCAUGACCCAUGGUCUGGCCCUCGAACUUACGCAGAAGACUUCUAUUCAGGCGGUGACCUUCGGCUGCCGCUCGGAAGUCAAGUUGACCCCAGCCACCUCGGCCCUAUGGACGACGAAUACAUGGUAGAAUCUAUUGAGGAGCAACAGCAACACAUCCGGGAAGAAGAAGAAAUUCAACCUUUCGAUGAGGAUAUAUCCUUCCCGCCUCAUAUAAUUGUCCAACACAGCCCUGUUGACCUGCCGGAUCCUUGGGAGAAACCUCAAGAAUAUGCAGAGGACUUUUAUGCUCAAGGCGACGUGCGUGUACUGCCCGGUUUCCCCAUCGAUCCAAGUCUGCUUUCAGGCACGGCAGACAUCGACGACAGCAUGGAGAACUUCCUUACCCCUGACGUCUUAACUCCAAAUCUCAAUGAAAUGCGAUCAGAUUUUGAGGACGAAGAAGAGAAGGACCUCGCGAUUCGCCCAUCAUCUCCGCAGCGAGGAGUGUCUUCAUUACGAGAAGAAGUAGCUGUUCGGUUAGAGCCUGAGAUUAUCACUCUCGACGACGAAUCAGACGAAGAGCGAGAUGAUCGCGAGGCAGCGGAACGGUGGAACAGAGCGUAUGCUGAGGGGGAGGAAGAGUUCGACGAACUUGAUUAUGAGGAAGACUUCAUGGAGCAGGACUUCAAUGACGAUGAAGACGUCCAUCAAAAUGGGGCAAAUCAGGAGGAGGACGAAGCAGAGGAAGACACUAUGGAGAUUGUCCCGCCACCAUCAGCCUUUACCAAGCGUUCUGAACGGGACCCUGCCAAUGGGGCGGCUCCAAUAUACUCUGUGGUCGGCGCAGCGCUCUCACAAGACGAGGUAGUCUCUAACCUGGUCGAUUGGAAUAACCCUCCAGCCUUCACCCAGGGUAUACCUGCAACUGCCUCCGGCCACCUAGUUACCCCCUCAUCUGAAGAGGAAAAUGGAAUGUUGGAUGAUGCCGUCGAAGGGGUUGCAGCUGACGAAGUCCCGGAAGUCUCCUCACCAUCUCAAGAUGUCCCAAUAGCUGUGGAAGUCGAAGAGGGUAAUCUUCAAGAGACAGAGGACGAUGCCAGGCCACCUUCAGGUUCUACCCAACAGAGCACAGCUCAAGAGGUGGAAGAGGCAUCGGCGUCGAUUACUUCUUUCGGGGCUUUACCCUUCCUGAAAUGCACACCUCCUGCCGAGGUAGAAGAUCCGGAGUAUUUCCCAGCAAUCGUUGUACGGGAGCCCGUUGAACAACCGGUGACCGAAUGCGAACGCGAGGUCGAAGUUGGUGCACACACGACUGCCGUCGACCAGGAAGCGGAAAUGGUCGCUGAGACCGAGCCGACACUUAUAGUCCACGAAGAUGCUGUCGAGGAGGAAAAGAAAACCUUGAGUGACAUAUUUUCCAGCUAUACUCCAGCUGCGGUCUUCCCUGAACUUCAUGAAAAUAUCCUUACUGCCCCAUUUGUUGGCGGUGUAACAGAGCCAGCUGGUACUUCCUCUCAAUCUGAAGGUCCUCAAACGGAUACGACAGCAGCUGAAGAACAGACUCUAGCUGUUGCACCCGUGGUCGUUGAAGAUGACAUCCGUUCGACGCCUGGCAUGGACGAUCACACUCAGCCAGUGGUUUCUACUGUAGCCUCUACGAGCCACCCGUCUGCCUCUUCUCCGCACGACUACGAGCAAUUGCCAACCCCUCCGUCAGAACAGGACUUCCCUUCUCAAACAGAAGUAAAACCUGCGGAUGCACCUAUUCUGUCAUCACCCGAGGCACACGAAAGCAAAGAGAAUGAGGUCUCCACCGACGCGGAUGAUAUCUACCAAUCCGUCCAGGUAGAAAUGGAAGUUAAUGUUGAGUUCGACGUUAGACAAGAGGGGUCUGCUGAGUACACUGUCGUGGAAAGUGGUUCCACAGACGAUGAGGUGGACAGAGCAGAAGACGCGGUUUCCGUGGACUUUUCUGUUGUUAGCAUGAAGGACGGGUGGCAGAAAGACGGGCAAGAAGAAGAUUAUGUCGUCGAGGAACCUGUUACAGAGGGUCGAUUGACCGAGGAACCUCCUGACCGUGCGAUGAGCCUAGAUGUGGCCAGUGUUGGGGUUGGCGGGACCUUCGAGGAGUCGUUGGAGGUUGUCCAGGAGUCCAAGGAGUCAGAACCCGUCGCAGAGGAGAUUGACCAGGGGCUGCCUUCAUUGCCUCUACCACCUCGUGAUGAGGAGCCUACGACAUCUCAAACAGAGGUUGUUGACGAGUUGGUCUCACCUGCUAGUGAGGUAGCGAUCGUAGUUGAAGCACUGGCAAUUUCUUCCAAUGUCGCCAAUCCUCCGAUGAUUCUACAAAAAGUACCAAUGCCUGUUCGAGCCAACGCCGACGUGCCUGAUCCUACGAGUCGAUCCCACACUCCGAGACCAGAUUUCACUAUUAGCCUGCCUGGCUCCCCCAGAUUUGUCCUCACUCCACUAACAACGCCACAGCCCACAGGAGGCCCUGUUCCUGUCUCCUUAUCUGUUCCUGUCGCUGUCCUCAAGACUUCACAUGAACACAGCCAACAACCUCCUUCUCCUGGCCCUUCUUACCUACAACAAUCUACUGCCACGCGAUUGGAUGGUUUAUUCACACCUGCUGAACCGUCUUUGAAUGGAACUCCCAUCGAGGUACCGAAGGACGAUCCUACAUUGGCAUUUGACAGAGUAUCGGAGGUAUUCUCCGGACCGGACACUCUUCCUGGUCCUCUCGAAGUAGACACUGCUGAUCGUGAUUCCAUCGCCUCGACUCCUCCAUACUCCCGAGAGGUUAUUGCUUUGGAGUCCUUACCUGUCCACUCACCUCGACUUGGGUUUGAUGCCGGCCCAGAGAGACUCUCGGAGAGUCACACGCACCUGGAGUUGGCGACGGAUAUUUUGGACGACAUCCACAAGACUGAGGAGCCGACUGUUACCGCGGAAACCUUGCCUGCACCAGAAAGACCUGAAGAACCUGAACCAGCCCAACCCGAACACGAAGUUCUGCCUCCCUCGUCGCUGCCUUAUCGUGCACCUGCAAUCUUCGCAGACUCGGGAGUCAAGCUGACAAGAAAACCGACGGACCCUAUCCUCAUGGCUGAUCCAUACCCGUACAGUCUUUCGACCCCAGGUGCCUCAAUGGAGCCUCAGCAGUAUUUAGGCUCUGACGAAGAUACUGGACUCGAUAACUCCAUAUCAUCUAACUCGACCUUGGAGAAAGAGUUUGUAGAAGGCAAAGACCCUGCCAUUUUACUGGACGAUGACGAGGAACUGGAAUUCCAGUACCCACCAGAGGUAGACACGGAGACCACUGGUGCCAGUGCCCCAUUACAGGAAGUAGAGCAAAACUUGACACCAACGCAGGUUGAGGAGGAGGCUCUAGGACCAUCACCAACAACUGAAGAGGCAAAGCAUAUCUCUCUGCCAUCGUUUGAGGAAAUCCUGAACGCGGAAGAUCCCUUCAAACUGAUGGGUAAUGACAGAACUGUUGCUCCUGGUGCGGUAGAGGAGCGGCUUGGAGCCAAGGAAAAUGGUCGUAAAUUGGAGAUGCAAACGAAUGGAACACCCGAGCAAACGACCAUCUCAGAAAAGGUGUCGGAGACAAGAGAUGCCGCACUGACUGAAAACACGGUCACUACCCCAACGAUCAUUCCGUCUGCAGCACAGACCCCUACAGCCCCUUCUGACUCUCGACCCUCCAAACGGAAGCGUGAUGCUUCGCCAGAGGCUAAAGCUUUGCCUGCCUCGAGUAAGGGGAAGAGUAGAAAAGCCUCUAAAUCCAAAGGAAAGGCCAAGGAGGUUCAAGCUCCCUUGCCAAUCCUACCUAUCCAAGAGGCAAUACAUGUCCGACGGCCGUCAGGAAACAUUCGGGAGCUUGGGGCGCAGGAAGUACCAGAGGUAGCAAGCCAGUCUAGUGCCGUCGCUGCAGUGACGUAUCGAAUACUGCAAUCUGGAUCACGAGCUUCGUCUGUUGCCUCUUCGGGGCCGAGCGAACACUCUGUGGGCACCCAACCCUCACCCACGGUCCACAAGCCCCAUGUUUCGUUUGAACAGGCUCCACCUGUGCACAACCUCCUUUUGCACGCUCACGGGCAGAAACGCCAAUUGGCCGGCCAGUCAAAUACUGUCAAACCGCCCAAGCGGCCUGCAAAGAAAGCAACUCGCUCCAAACCUCCAGCACCAUCGCCUGCGCCGCUGUCCACCCCCGUCCCACCGCUCGACCCAGCGCUAGUACCCACUCUAACACCUCCACCCAGUCAUCUUUUUGACCGAAGCAUGCUACGCUCUUUACCUUCUGGUUCAAGUGCAACGUCGUUCAUCAUCCAACCACUUUCGCCCUUCAAGUCCAGUCUCGCUGCUGUGCCUCCUCCGCCUCCGCCUCCUCCACCAGCCCAACCUCCUUCCCUCCUACACGCCCAUGGCAGAAAGCGGAAGCAGACGGCUGGGAACUUGCGAAAAUCUACCUUAGAGAACGCUGACCGCAAGAAACCAUCCGCAGCCAAAUCAAAGAGUAGCGUUGAGACUCAAGCUGUAGUGGAGCCCGCUCCUGCACCAGCACUUGUUCCGACACCUGUGACUAUCGAGGAUGUCUUCACUGUUCCGACAACAGCUCCGCAGCCCAUUGCAGAAUCUAAGGAAAUUCACACCGAGCCUGAACCCAUCGGCAAAUCCGCGCAAUCUCCUGCAGCGGAGGCCGAAACUGUUCCUAAGGCUGAAUCACCUACCCCUAUCCUUCCUCAUGAAUCGAAGCCCUCGGAAUCGACUUCGCAUGACGCUGUAUCCCCAGCUGUUAAAGAUGAGCCUGCUUCAACCACCUUGCCAACUCAAGUUCGCGAACAUGGCGACGUUUCGACAGCCAGUUCUACUUCAACCGCCAUACCCCCCUCGACGAGGGCUGUACCGGCUCGUCAGGUUUCCCUUUCCAACCCCAAAACCGGUAGUCGAUCAACGAGGUCGCAAUGUCGCUAUCAUAGGAUUAGCUUGCCAAAGGAGGAAGGUGGCCCACGCGUCUGCUUCUUGGUCCCUGGGUGUUCUCUCAACGACAGAGAGCUUAUGAAGGAAGAAGAGAUUGAGGAUCAUGGAGAUGCGACGCACGAGGACAGUCUGAGGAUGGUCAAGGACAUCGAGACCUUGGACUUUGACCAAUACCUCAUCGGUGUCUUGCGGCAUUUAGUUGGUCUAGACAUCAUUCGCGAGCAGGAAAUCUACUACCUACCUCAACCUGGCGAGGCAGAGGUCGCCCGCAGGUACCCGCUCAAGAAGUUGUCAAUUGAACGGCCGAGCCUGGCCAGGGGACCAGGCGAUUCUUCCAGCUAUGCUGGCUCUCCGGGUUAUUCGGCAUAUUCUGCCUCCAUCCGCUCUCCUGCCUCUGUCAGAGCGCCGCCAUCCAUUGCUGAUUCUACAUCUACGUCUCGCUCUGCUCUUCGCAUGCUGAUGGACUCCGAGGUGGGCUCUAGCUAUGUCGCGACCGACUCGGAGCACGAUGAUAGUGAUUAUGAUGAACCCGAGAGGAAGCGCGUUAAGCCCUCGCCGCCUGACGAUCAAGGAGAGGCUGCCGCCAUGGGUCCUCCAACCAAGUCAAAAGGCAAGGGUAAGCUGAAGGCGAGGAAGAGCAAGACAAAGGACGUCGUGUACAACCCUGAGAAGGAGGAUCGUGAGGGCGAGUCGAUGGUCGAAGGACCGUCUCGUCCUCGUCGAAGGAAGUCCACAGCCACGAAGCGUGGCUUGAAGAGGAGCAGGAUCGCCAAUGACGCUGCGAACGGUGAGGAGGGCAGCGAGCGACAGCCAAAGAAAUUGAAGAUGCAUGCGACGGCGCCUGAGCUCUUGUCACCCUCGAAGGAUCAGCCUCAGCCUCAGACUCAUGCCCCUGCAUAA